CCUCCAUCACCCAUCCUCUUCCCUGUCGCAUCCAUCUCGCUCUCGCCUCGCACUGCAGCAGCCGCGCGCGAUGCCGCGUCUCGUCGCCGCCGAACUCACGCCGCUCUUCCGCGAGCGCUGUCCGGCGCGCAGCAGCAGCGGCAGCGCCAGCAGCAGCAACGAUGGCAGCACUUCAUCCGCCUCAGCCGAAGCGCUCGCCGCCGCCGCGCGCUUCCUCGCCGCCCGCAGCGCCGCGCGUGGGCCCGUGGGCUACCUGCCGCCGGCGCCCGGCAGCAGCAGCAGUGCAGCAGGCAAGGAGCGGCACGACGAAGCAGCGCGCCCUGAAGCGCGCAUCCGGCAUGCCGAGCGCGCGUGGAUCGACGAGGCACAGCGGAUAGCGGCGCACCUCCAUGCCCUGCACCUCUUUCUCGCCGCCGUGCGGCGCCCUUACCUCUCCACGCGCUCCUCUCGCAACGGCAGCAGCAGUGCGGCAGCAUCGCGCACGCUCCCGCUGCCCGGCGCACCCGCGGCGGCGCUCGCGGCGUGGGCACGCGAGGCGCCGGCGCUGGUGGAUGCCGAGCGCGCGCAGAUCGACUGGGCCGUCUCGGAUGCGCUGCGCAAGGCGGUGCAGCGCGUCGAGGGCCUGGAGGAGGGCGAGGCUGUGCGACAGCGCACCACCUCCUCCUCCUCGCUCCUCUCGCGCCUGCGUCCGUCAAGCACGUUCGGCACGCGCGCGCACCCGCUCUUCUCCGCGCAGCUGGCCGCGCAUCGCGCCGCCAUCUGCGCCUCGCUGCGCACGCAGCUGCAGGCGCUCUCCGCCGCGCUGCGUGCGCUGCAGGAGCGCCAUCUCGCCGCCGCAAAGGCCGCGGCGCGCCUCGCUGCGGGCGCCUCUGCGCGCCUGACACGCUCGGCGAGCAGCGCCGCGGGCAUGGGCGUGGAGAUGGACGCCGUCGCGGCGCCGGCUGGCGCCCUCGGGCUCGCGGCGCCGUCGGCCGAGCAGGCACAGCUGUUCGACGCCGAGGCCUCGGCGCUGGUGCGCGUGCUCGAGGCGGACCUGCAUGCCGUGCAGGCGGCCGAGCGCCGCCUGGCCGAGAUCGGCGAGCUGCAGACGACGCUGCUGCAGCAUCUGGGCGCGCAGAUGGACACGACGCGGGCGCUGGGCGAGGAGGCGAUGCUGCAUCGCCAGGGCGUCGAGAUGGGCAACGUGCAGCUCGAGAAGGCGCGCCGCAGCCAUCGCGCCGCGACCAAGUGGCUCGCCAUCUUCCUCGUCGGCUCGGGCUGCGGCCUGCUGUUCUUGCACUGGAUGGACUGAAGGUCAAUGAGAUUGCGAAUUGGCAUGCCACACCAACCCCUACGCGGAGCGAGAGCGGUGUGUAUGUGGAGAGAGGCAGAGGUGCAGAGUAGUGCGUGUGCGUGUGUGUGUGUGUGUGUGUGGGUGGAAGCGUGAGACACAGCGAGGUUGGGCAAGCCCCGGGCGGGGUGUGAUGUGUGAGCAUGAGAGCGAUGAUGGCCAGGGCACGGAAAAAGCAUCGGACCCGACGACUGGUGCGGCAGUUGAGCGGGCUCGAGGGGGGCAGGGACGUAGAGAUGGCGAGGGCGAUUGGGACUUGAGACCAAGUGCGGAGCGCAACGGGCAAGUGGAGAGAGCGGCGGGCUGGCGGAUUCGCGGAAGGGCAGCGGCGAGGGACAGGUGUAACCGGCAAGGCCAGACGUGUAUGAGAAGGGGCCGCC